CAGCUAGCUGUCAACAAAGGGCAAAACUGUGUGGAAAUAGUAAAUCAAUGUGGAAGUCGGCGGUAUUCCUCUAAAACUGACUUCACUGCGCCGCUGGUAGAAUCUCUUGGACAUGGCAACAACCGCUCAGCUGUUCGAGGAGCCAUUUGAUGCAGAUGAGUACAUUGAAAGGUUGGCGUGGAGGACACCUGGAGGAGGCUCCAAAGGAGGAGCAGAGGCUUUCGACCCUAAGAGGUUGUUGGAAGAAUUUGAGAACCACAUAGAAGAGCUAAAGCAAUUGGAUGAGAAGAUUCAGCGGCGGGUGGAGAAGCUUGAGCAUCAAUGUCAUCGUGAGGCCAAAGAAUUUGCCCAUAAAGUGCAAGACUUGCAGAGAAGCAAUCAGGUGGCCUUUCAGCAUUUCCAGGAGCUCGAUGAGCAUAUCAGCUAUGUGGCAACCAAGGUUUGUCACCUUGGCGACCAGCUUGAGGGGGUAAACACACCUCGGCAGAGGGCCGUCGAAGCUCAGCGUCUGAUGACCUACUUCAACGAGUUCUUGGAUGGAGACCUACGCAGUGAUGUCUUCAACAACCCAGACAAGAUUAAAGAGGCUGCUGAUAUAAUUCAGAAGCUGCAUCUCAUUGCCCAGGAGUUGCCAUUUGACAGAUUUUCAGAUGUCAAGGCAAAGAUUGCAAGUAAAUACCAUGACCUGGAGAGGCAGUUAAUCCAAGAGUUCACUGCUGCCCAGCGCAGGGGAGAGAUUGGAAGAAUGCGAGAAGUGGCAGCGGUUCUUUUACAUUUCAAGGGCUACGCACACUGUGUGGAUGUCUACAUCAAGCAGUGUCAGGAAGGGGCCUACUCGAGGAACGACGUGUUCGAGGACACAGCAGUUCUCUGUCAGAGGGUCAACAAGCAGGUGGGCGAGGUUUUCAGCAGCCCAGAGACUGUUAUGGCCAAACUGAUCCAGAACAUCUUUGAAAACAAAUUACAGGCUCACGUCAGAGAGAAACUGGAUGGGACUCGACACUCAGAUGUAGAACAGUACCUCAAAAACCUUUAUGACCUUUACACCAGGACCACAUCAUUGGCUACCAAACUGACUGAGUUCAACCUGGGCUCAGACAAGCACACGUUCCUGUCCAAGCUUAUAAAGAGCAUCUUCUCCUCAUACCUGGAAAGCUACAUUGACAUGGAGAGGGAAUACCUUCGCACUCGAGGUGCAUUGAUUCUUCAGCGCUACUAUGACUCCAAGAAUCACCAGAAACGACUGAUUGGGACUGGCAGCAUCCAAGAGCUGAAGGAGCGGAUCAGACAGCGCACCAACCUCCCUCUUGGUCCCAUCAUUGACACCCAUGGGGAGACCUUUCUGUCCCCAGAGCUUGUUGUUAACCUCCUGCAGGAGACACGUCAUGCCUUUGAGAGAUGCAACAAGCUUUCAGAUCCUUCCGACCUGCCCAAGAAUGCCUUCUCAAUCUUCCUGCUGCUUGUUGACCAUCUCUGUGUGGAACACAUCGAUUAUGCCCUGGAGAUUGGCCUUUCAGCGAUUCCCUCAUCAGAUGCCAAGAAUGCCAACCUGUACUUCCUGGAUGUGGUUCAACAGGCAAACUCCAUCUUCCACUUGUUUGACAAGCAGUUUAAUGACCAGCUCAUGCCUCUCAUAAGCUCAUCUCCAAAGUUGGCCGAGUGCCUGCACAAGAAGAAGGAGGUGAUUGAACAGAUGGAAGUCAAAUUGGACACAGGAAUAGACAGAACACUAAACUGCAUGGCGGGGCACAUGAAGCACAUCCUUGUGACGGAGCAGAAGAAGACUGACUUCAGGCCUGAGGACGAGAACAAUGUCAUGAUCCAGUACACUACAGCCUGCUCCAAGGUAUGUGCCUACGUCAGUCGGCAGGUGGAGCACGUGCGGAAGUCCAUGGAUGGUAAAAAUGUGGAUACGGUGCUGACGGAGUUGGGCGUUCGCUUUCAUCGGCUCAUUCAUGAGCACCUACAGCAGUACAGUUACAGCUCGAUGGGAGGCAUGCUGGCCAUCUGCGACGUGGCUGAAUAUCGACGGUGCGCCAAGGACUUCAGGGUCCCUCUGGUGCUGCAGCUCUUCGACACACUGCACGCCCUCUGUAACCUCCUUGUUGUCGCCCCUGACAACUUAAAACAGGUAUGUUCAGGCGAGCAGCUCACUAAUCUGGACCGAAACCUCCUGCACGCCUUCGUCCAGCUCAGAGUCGACUACCGCUCGGCCAGACUCGGCCGACACUUCAGUUAAUGACUGUUUUUACCCCGUCGUGCCCUCCGUCCAGUAACCUAUGCUUUGAUGAGACGAUGCACUUUGGAAAAAAAACCAUCCCUGCUUCAGAGAACGCUGCAGCCCGCCCCCCAGAAUACAGACUUUACUGGGAUUUCUUUGUUGAUCAUCUUGGAAUGUGGGAAAUGUGCAUUUUGCCUUUUUCAUUGUUUGUUUCUCCCAAGCUGAAGAAAUAUACAUGUCUAUUGACUGGAGAUGUGUUUUUAACUACUAAUCCCCUGUCAAUCCACAUGACUAAGAAUUCUGAUUAAUUGAAAGUAAAUGGAAAUAAUUGAUUUUGUACUCGUAUAAAAAGAGAAACUUCUUUUGAUUGUGCCAAAUAUACAAAUUCUGCAGCUGCACUUGUGCAUGGGAGUAGAUCCCAAAGCUGCAAUAAAGAGAGACAGCUAACAAUCACACUGUUAAGUCAGACAUCAGUCCUGCAGUGGCACUCAGUAACAGGAAAAGCCUCUCGUUAUAAUGAACUGAAGGGGUUCUGACUGAGAAGGCCCCACCAAGCAUGAGCUAGAGAGCCCCUUCUGGCUAAGAGAGACACAUGACCACCUCUCUAACCUUUGAGCUCUGACCACAAAGUAGAGGUCAAGAGGCCGUUGAAGUAAAGUGUGACCAGAGCUACAAACAGGUCUGAGAACCUCUCUGCAGGUCUGGGUGGUCCCCUCUUCUGCUCAGAUGAUCAGUGUGAUGGGUCAGUGAAUAUGUGUCACUGUAAUUAGACAGAUCAACACUUGCUCAUCCAGCGGUGCACACAGUCCAAAGACAUUAUUGGCUGGAUCUGCAGUGUUUCUGGGUCAGGGGACAUUAAAGUCUCAAACUAGAAAGAUUGAUUCUUCACAGAGGGUUUCUUUGACCCUCUUGCUGUCUUCACUAAAAAAAAAAAAAAAAAGAAGGCAGACCAUGUCUCUGAUGCCUGAAAUAUUCUCCUACGUAAAGCUGCUCCCACUGUACUGCUGUUUACCUUAAUUUGUAACUCAUUAAAAAUAUGUUGCAUUUUA